CCCCUAAUCAUGGCCAGCCGGAAGAUAACACCCAUGUUUAACGAUUACGUGUACGAAGCGAUCCGACGGAUCGCGGUCGAGCAGGGCUUUACGCCGGAUCUGUUUUCGGUGGACUUUGACGAGGAGACACGGCUCGAGUGUGACGGGUACGUGAGCUUCGUGUUCAAGGCCAUCAUUAAUGGCGACGACCGGGAGUUUACGUUGUGGUGCAAGGUGCCCCCGAACGAUGACAAACGUUCGCUGGAGCUGUUCAAGCGUGAGUGUUUCUUCUACCGCGAAACGUUGCACGGGUUCUACGAGUUCCAGGCGGAGAAAGGUGUGCCGGAGGAGUCUGGUGAAGGAUUUUACGCGACACCGAAAUGUUAUCUGGCACACUGCAACACGGACAAACCGGAACCGGAGGCGUUGAUCAUGCUGGAGUACAAUGAAGCGUUCGAGACGUGGGGCUGGGACAAGCUGGAACCGAUCAAUCUGGAACAUACGCGUCUGGUGAUGCAGCAGCUCGGUCGAUUGCAUGCGCUAUCGUUCGCGAUGAAGGAACAGCGCCCGGAAGCGUUUGAUCAGUACAAGCAGGCCGGUGUGGUCGCCGGAGAGCAGGAUAGUGGUUUGACCACCCUUAUGAAGGAGUCGUUCGAUCGCGCACUCACCACCAUGAAAACCCGGUUCGAGUCGGAACAGGAGCGUAUCACCGCUGUGAAGGAUGCUGUGUUCGAAAGUCUCAAGAAGUGUUGCGAUCCGGCCACUGCUGAACCGUACUGUGUUGUCACGCACGGAGAUUGCUGGAUCAAUAAUCUAAUCUACUCGCAUAAUGAGAACAACGUGGCAACGGGGGUUAUAUUGACUGACUGGCAAUCAUCCCGGUACGCUUCACCCAUCCUGGAUCUGUGCUACUUCUUCUUCAUCUCAGCAGGUGAACAGUUCCGGCGGGACCAUAUGGAUAGUUUGCUGCAUCAUUACCACGCCUCGUUGGCAGACUUUCUCACCAAACUCGGUGGGGAUGCGUCGCGUCAGUUCCCGCUGACCACACUGCUGAGGCUUAUGAAGCCGUACCGCGAUUUACUCGGGAGCUAG